CCGGGAGGUCGCUGGCCAUGGAGGGUGGCUCAGUUGGGCAGCUGCUGGAGGGGCAGGCGGAGGACCCUGACGCACGGGGCACCUCCUGGAGCGGAGACAGCGGCACGGUGUCCCAGAGCCAUAGCAGCGCCUCAGGACCUUGGGAGGACGAGGGCGCGGAGGACGGCGCGCCGGGCCGGGACCUGCCGCUGCUGCGCCGUGCCACCGCAGGCUACGCCUCCUGCCUGCUGCCCGGCGUCGGGGCCCGGCCAGAGGUCCAGGCCCUGGACGCCAGCUUGGAAGACCUGCUCACCAGAGUGGACGAGUUCGUGGGCAUGCUGGACAUGAUUCGCGGCGACUCGUCUCACGUUGUCAGUGAGGGGAUGCCUUGCAUUUACGCGAAGGCCUCCGAGAUGAGGCAGAUCUACAGCAGGAUCGACAAGCUGGAGGCCUUCGUGAGGAUGAUCGGCAACAGCGUGGCCAGGAUGGAGGAGCAAGUCACCAAGGCCGAGGCUGAGCUGGGGGCUUUCCCCAGAGCAUUCAAAAAACUCCUGCACACAAUGAAUGUUCCCUCCCUCUUUAACAAGUCGUCCCCCUCGCGGCCGCAGCAAACCGGCUACGAACCCCCAGUCCUAUUUCGGACUGAAGACUACUUCCCUUGUUGCAGCGAAAGACCUCAGCUCUGACCACUCCUGCAAGAGGACCCAGCUGAGAAUCUUACCUCGCGCACAAAGUUAAUUAAAACUCUAUUAAUGUUUGA